CUUUUGCUCGAGUUGCCGUAUCGGCCGAAGAAGAAAUUGUACUGGGGUCAUGUUCAUUGUAGUCCACCAGGUGGCAUCCGAGUGGACGAGGGCUUUGUGAUAGUAAGCAAUGAUCUUGCACAGCGGUUUCUACGUGAAGAAAACAAGACACUCAUGUGCCACCCAUACGGUGAUCAGGCGAUGUCCAUGUGGAUAAACAACAUUCCGGGGGUGACAUACUUCGGAGACCGUAGGGUACAUCAUGACCUUGCUGCGGAGGACAAAAUGCUAAAGUACUACCAAGAUAUUUGCAGUAAUUUUCUGGCCCUACACGGUAGUUAUCCGCUAGAGAUUGAAAUGUUUUGGCUAAAUUAUUUGAACAACGGGUCGAAGAAGAAGUAUAGUAUACCUCCCAUAACGUAUCCGUGUGGUAAUAUGGACAAAACUUUUAACUACAUGAGUUUCGCAGGCAUGUACAACGCUAAACCAAAACCAUGCAGGAACAACCCUACGUGGAAAAUAGCCGGGUUUUAUAGCGGUAGAAAUGGAUAAUAGAGGAAUAGUGAAAGCAGUAGUAUCAUAUCAUACGAUACCCCCACAGGGACAGAACG